GCCACUCAUGAGCCAGACGAGCACGUCCGCAUUGUGCCUCAGAAGCAAACCAGCGGAGAGGCAAAGGGCUCCUGUGAGUUUGGGGCUCACGUGACGACACAGCGCAACUUAAGCGGUGGUCUUCACGGCCAAGGCUUCAUGGCAAAGCUUCAAAAAGGUCUCGAGGGUCUUGGGCUGACUGUCCGUCUCCAUCCUGAUUUGCAGACUGGUGUUCUGGUUGUCGACGUUCACCCACAGGGCUCUGUGGCCAAGUACAACACGCAACAGCGCGCAUCAGGCUCCUCCAUGUUAAUUCGUCCCAGGAUGCUGAUCACGGAAGUGAAUGGCAUCCAAGGGAACGCUGAGGCCAUGCUUGAGGCGCUUUGUCGAAGCCUUUCGUUGCAGUUGCGGUUACGUGCGGCCAGUGCAACAGAGCUGGCUGAACGAAAACAUGCAUCUCCAAAGGAGAUUGUAUCCAUGAUGAAUGCGAUACGCGCCGUUCGCAUUCUGCAAAGUACGGAAAGUCUGCCGCGAAGCCGAUCCCGCCAUUCAUGA